AUGUGUACUGUUUUCAGGAUAACAGCUCUGGCAGGCAAUGAUGAUGUCAAAAGGGAUUUAGUGAAGAGUGGCAUUGUUCCAGUGAUAGUGUCGGUACUGAGUAGACAUUCUAGCAACGCAAUAGCCACAGCGUUGACGCUAAAAUGUAUCGCAGCUCUGAGUCUCCGUGAGCCGGCGCACAGCAAGCAGUUCCUGGACAGCGGCGCUCCCGAAGUAAUCGUAGAGUGUAUGAAGGUGCAUCCGGAUAAUGCUGCUGUACAGAAAAACGCGUGCUGGGCCAUCCGCAACAUGGUGGCCAGGUGUCGCGAGCACAACGCCAAGUUCCACGAGCUGGGGGCGGAGGCGCUGCUCAACAGUUCGUUCGCCAAGUUCGGCGACGACUUCGGCUUCGACAUCAAGUCGGCGCUGCGGGACCUGGGCUGUGACGUCACGCUCGACGAGCAGUGGACGGGCCGAGAGUAUGCUGAGCCUUGGGAAGAGCCUGCUAACAACAAUGGCAACUACUUAGAGUUUUGA